CGCCGCUCGCUUUCCCCACGCAGCCACACCCUCCUCCCUUCUCCAUCUCGCACGCGUGCAGCUGUGCGGGGGGGCUGUCGGCUGGUGCGUGCGUCUCCGCUGUCGUGCACCCGCAGCAUCAGCAACACAAAAGGGUUCGGAGCUGUCGUAGCAGGGUUUACCUCAGCACUGAUCCGACGAGAGGAACCGCGUCUUCAAACAAAAACCGCAGAGAGAAGACGACAGGGCAAAUUCCAGCCCUUCAGAAGACUGUUUGGGAAGAAAAAGAAAAGGGAGGCAAAAGGGUGCUUUGAUGGAACAGAACUAAAAAGCAGUUUUUCCACUGGGGAAGUGUGCAAUGGAGUUGUAUCUGACAAUGAGGAGUCUAAUCAAAAUCUGAGGGAGUUGAAUCCCAUUGGAUCUCGAGCUCUCUCCCACGACAGCAUCUUUAUCCCUGAGGAGCCUGUGAAGAAGUGUGGACUGGAUCACAGCAUGUCCCAGGAAAACGUUUCAGACAAAGUUAGGAAUCUGCAGAGGCAGAUAGCACAAGGUAUUAAGUUUGGCCAGCGGCCUCCUUCACUUCGGAAAAGUGAAGGAGAUGAGGGCAGUUCAGAUGAAGAACAGGUUCCCCCGAGCCCUCUUAAGGUUUUGGCCCAGGUUGAAGCUGAGCCCCCAACAACAGAGCCAAAGCAGGUCCAAGGAGCUCAAGCAUCUGGACAGCCCAGCACUCCGGUGAAGUCCCCGAGGUCCAAACGAGUUCUUCCACCAACUGGUACAAUCGAGUCCAUCAACCUAGACGCCGUUCCUCAGUCUGUUCCUCGCUUAGACAACACCGCCGCCAAGCAUAAGCUGUCGGUUAAACCUAAAAACCAGAGGAUUUCCCGCAAACACAGACGGUUCACACAGGACUUCCAGGAGGUAUCCAUUCCUGGAGUGGUGCAAGAGGACCUGGAGGCCGCAGGCAUCUCCUUAGAGGAACAGCGCAGAGCGUCUGUUGAUGAGUCAAGAGAAGGCUUAAAGAAACAAAAACUCCAUGAGGCAGAAAGACAGGAAGCAAGGAGGAGGAGGGAGCUGGAGGAGCAGAGGCUCAGAGAGGAGGAGGAGGAGAGGAUGAAGAGAGCUGAGGAGCUGAGGCUGCGUGAACUGGAGGAGGAGAGGUGUCGUAGAAAACAGCAGGAAGAGGAGGAGAAGAGGAUGAGAGAAAAGGCAGAAAGGAGGAGGAGGGAGGAAGAGGAAGAAAGGAGGAGACAGGAGGAGGCAGAGAGAAGGAGGAGGCAGGAGGAGGAAAGAAGGAUCAGAGAGGAGGAAGAAAAGAGGCGAGAGGAGGCUGAGAGAAGAAAAAGGGAGGAGGAGGAAAGGAAGAUCAGAGAAGAGGAAGAAAGGAGGAGGAGAGAGGAGGAGGAACGGAUGAAGAAGCUGGAAGCAGAAAGGAGGAUGCGAGAAGAAGAGGAGCAUCGUCAGCGGGAGGAAGAAGAGAGGAGGCGACUGGAAGAGCUGAGGAAGAAAGAGGAAGAAGAAAAGAGGAAGAGAGAGGAGGAGGCGAGGAGGCAGCAAGAGCUCGAGGCAGAGAAGAAGAGGAAGCAGAAAGAAGAAGAUGAAAGGAAGAAAAGAGAAGCUGAGAAACAGAGGAUGCAGGAGAUGGAGGAAAAGAAUAAACUGGAAGCAGAGGAGAGGAUGAGGAAAGAAGAAGAGCAGAGGAGGAUGUCAUUAGAGGAAGCUAAUGGGAGCUCUGAGGCACAAGAGAAGAAGAGGAGAGCUGAGGAGCUUCGCUGGAAGGAGAUGGAGGAGAGACAGAGGCCGUUCUCUUUCAAAGUCUCUUCUGGAGAGAAACAGAUUCUCUUCCAGAAAGUCAACCUGACGCCUGUUACGCCAACCUCCAGCCACCAGAGUGCCGCUGUUGCUGAUCAAAAAGAAGGAGCAAUGGCUUCCUCCCCCGAUGGAUCUGACUCCCCCAACCUGCCAACAUCUCCAUAUGUCCCCCAUACAGCCAUCCUGGUGACAGGCGCCCAGCUAUGUGGGACAGCUGUCAAUUUAGACCAGAUCAAAGACACAGCUUGCAAAUCCCUGCUGGGUUUGGGAGAGGAUAGAAAGGCCCAAGGCACACCACCAGUAAAGAGCAAGACCUCUCCAGACCGCAAAUCAGGAAAAACCAAGUCCCUCAAUGAGUCUGCGCUCUCUACGGACAAGUCCAGCGCAGCGGUGCUGGCUGAAUGGGCGAGUAUAAGAUCAAAGAUAUUCAAGGGGGUGGAAGAUGGAAAGUAUGAUGAGUACCCAGAUUCCGUUAACAGGCAUCAGACUCAGCCUAGUAGUGAAGAACAGGCUCCAUUUGCUCAUACGAACCUCAGAAAGACCAUGUCUGCCAGUGCAAAGUUCUCCAUCACCCCUGCAAAGAAGAAGUUUGGAGAUUCAAACAGGAACUCUGAGGUAUUUGUUCCAGAUGAUAAAGAAGUAGGAGGAGAAGCUGCUCAAUCUGACAGCCACACUGCAGCCUCUCCAGCUCCAACUAGUAAACCUCAGAACAAAGCAAGUAAAACGGUCCGCAUCACUGAAAGAGGAUCAGAUGAGUGUAUGUUUGCCAAAGACCUCCCUUCAUUCCUGGUUCCAAGCCCUGGGGAGAGACCUGACGGGUCAGAGUUAAAGAGCCGACUGCAGUGUGAAAAAGAGACAUCUGAAAGCAAAGAGGAGGGAGAGGAGCAGGGACAGGACAGUGAAGAUAACCCCUCUCCAUUUGGCAUAAAGCUGAGGAGAACUAACUACUCUCUGCGUUUUCACAGCGAACAGUCCACAGAGAAAAGGAAGAAACGCUACAGCGCUGGGGACAGCUUUGAUGGCGUCCCUUCACCUCUAACUCCCAUCGAGCCUGACUCUGAUGCCUCCUCUGUCUUCUCUGAUAAAGUAAGUCCUACAUCGCCUCAGAGAGAGGGAGCAGUUAGCAAGUACUUACAUGCCUCUGCCUCCCCCUCCAUACCCCGAAGCAAGCAGGGCAAAUCUACCAGCCCAACUCCGCACCAAGAAGGGGACAAAGUGCUUUCCAAACCACCCCUCUACAAAAGACCAACAACUUCACCCAAGCCGUCUGGUGGAGUCCCAACACCUCCUUCAUCUCCGCUGCCUAAGGUAGUACACAGGUCUCCCUGUGAUGACAUGAUCCAGAGGAUGGGGGGCGCAGACUCACCAAGCCAGGAGCAGGCCGGGAGGAAUGAGGAACAGUCAGUGGUUGCCCAGUUGCACCGGAGCAGCCAAGGCCAGGUUCAAGGGGAAGAGGAGCCAAGAGAGAAGCGAUCAUUCUUUCCCUCCAUUAACAUCCCCUGGAGAGAGAAGACAGACCGAAAGACCGAGCUCAUCAAGAGAGAAAAGCCAUCCUUACAGAGCAGGCACUCACUGGACAGUGCGAAGGUCCAGGAGAAGGAGGCUGGACCCUUAUGGAUCACACUGGCUCUGCAGAAGCAAAAAGGCUUCAGGGAGCAGCAGCAAAACCGUGAGGAGCGUCGAAGCCAAAGAGAGACCAAACUGGCAGAAAAGCAAGCCAGAGAGCGAGACAGCGCUUCACUGGUGAGCCCCACAGAGAGCAAAGGGAGCACCAGUCCUUCUUCUAAACCUCAGACGCCAGAGGAGCCCAAGAGGCCCGACAGCCUCCUGGGACGAUUCGAUCGUCGAGAACACCUGAAAAAGGCCAACACUUUACCGAGCUCUGUCACUGUUGAAAUCGCAGACUCUACACCGUCGCCACCUUCCGUCAAAGACGUGUCAAAGCGCUUCCCCUCCAGCGACUCUCCACAGGUGUCCACGGAGCCAGCCUGGCUGGCUCUGGCCAAACGAAAGGCUAAAGCCUGGAGCGACUGUCCUCAGAUCAUCAAAUAACACCCCUAACCCAGUUUCAUGGCCUGCAUUGAGACUGCUACACUGCCCAAGGACCCUGAAGCACCUGGAGAGACACUCAUCAUCCCUCCACUCUGUCAAAAUGAAAACUCUUCCUGAGUGUGAAACAAGUAAACCACCACACGACCCUCCAUACGCUGGCUGCAGCUACCAACAUGUUAAAGUGCGCUUCACAUAGAAAUAUCCCAACACUGCAGCACAGAUAUAUGUAAACAACUGUCGCGAGCAUGCAUAUAUUGUAUACACAUGCAAAGUGUAUGUCCCCUAACGGCAAAGUCCUCAGCAGCCAAUCACAACCAUGGCAGACCAUUGCAGUAGCCAACCUCCACUCCUCCUUUUCUUCUCUUUGUACUGGAGCCAAAUGUGUCACCAUGGUUGUAAAUGAAUAAAAUUUGCUCAACCCAAUAUAACACUUGGACGAACAACAGUGUUGAAUCAACAGAGGGAAUCUGUCCGAAUCGUGUUUUAAGGGCUAUCAGUCAAAACAAGAACUCAGCGUGACCGUGAUUCUGGACAGCUGAUAGAAGUGUUACAGGCAUCUUCUUUGCCCUUAUUGGUAUUAUGUAUGGAAAACAGUUUUGUCUGCACAGAAACUAUAUUGUAUCUUUUUUUCUGAGCCUUGUUUGCCAUGUAAAAAGACACCUUUUUCUUUUUUUUUUUUUAAAUCAUUCUGGAAACUUUGGUGUAACAAUUCUCACUGUGUCCGUGAUGACUGUGACAGCUGUCCGAGAGGCUACUGUAUGUAAGAAUUGGUCAUAAUAACAAACCUUGGGUGCCCCUAAGCACAGCACUGAAGAAAAAGAAAAAAACAAAUAAGAGAAAAAAAGAUAAAACCAGGCCUCAUCCUCCUGGAUCCUUUGCUUCGCUUGUGGAAACAGAUACAACACCUGCUUCCUGUAACCCUACGAUUCUUGUAGUCAUCCUCCUGUAACACAUACGUGUCUGUAGGCUUACGCCAUCAGUUCUUCUUAAAUGUGAUACAAUCUUACAAGACUUGAGCAUUUCCUAUAUGAAAACGGCCUUCGUUCUCGUCUCCCGCCACUCACUCACACACUCAUCGACCUCCAAGUACUGUACAUAGGUCAGAGUUGCCGGGCCUUCGCUCACAAAGGACGCUACGGCUGAGUCACUUUGUCAUUUUGUUUCUAACUUUGGUCGUGCACAAUAGUGUAGUGUACGCAGUGUUACAUGUAA